AUGGGCGACGUCAUGAGUCGCAAGGACCUCAAGCAGAUGCUUCCUCAACCAAGGAUGUACAAGAAGCCGCCCUUCACUGUUGAGGUCGCAGGCGUGAAGAAGGUCGACGGUGAGACGAUACCACGACGAAACGUCAAGACCAAGGACGAACUCAAGACGACGCCCGAACCAGGCGUCAACACCAUCUACGACAUCCUCAAGCGAUCGAGCGAGAAGUAUGGCAACGCCAAGGCCCUGGGCAAGAGGAAGCUCGUCAAACUGCAUACAGAGAACAAGAAGGUCAAGAGGAUGGUCGAUGGCAAGGAGCAGGAGGUCGACAAGAAGUGGACCUACUUUGAGCUGUCGCCAUACGAGUACAUGUCGUUUGCCGAGUAUGAGCAGCUGGCGCUCAACGUCGGCUGCGGUUUCCGCGCGCUGGGCAUGAAGGCACAGGAUCGAGUACACAUCUUCGCGGCAACACAUCCAUACUGGCUCGCCACAGCACAUGGCGCCCAGAGCCAGAGCAUGCCGAUCGUGACGGCAUAUGAUACUCUAGGCGAAGAAGGCCUGAAGCACUCUCUCCAGCAAACACACGCCAAGGCCAUCUUCCUCGAUCCCCAUCUCCUCACGAAGCUCAUCAAGCCGCUCAAUGAAUCGAAGGACAUUCAGCAUGUCGUCUACAACGACGAUGAUUCUCCAACCCGACAAAUUGACGCAGCUCAGACUGAAGAGGCGGUCAAGAAGCUCAAGGAAGCUCACCCACACCUGACUGUGCACAGCUUCAGCGAGUUCAUCCAACUCGGCAAAGGCAACAAGGUCGAGCCGACACCACCCAAGCCAGAAGAUCUCUGCUGCAUCAUGUACACUUCAGGUUCAACUGGUGCGCCAAAAGGCGUGCUUCUGUCGCACAAGAAUGUCGUUGCAGCCAUUGCUGGCGUGGAUGUGAUAGUCGGCCCAUACCUCGGCCCAGGCGAUGGUCUGCUCACCUACCUUCCACUCGCACAUAUUCUCGAAUUCGUCUUCGAAUCGGCAUGUCUCUACUGGGGAGGCAGCAUGGGUUAUGGAAACCCAAAGACGAUCUCCGACAACUCGAUGCGCAACUGCAGAGGUGACAUUGCCGAAUUCAAACCAACCAUUCUUGUCGGCGUCCCUGCCGUUUGGGAGACUGUCAAGAAGGGCGUUCAAGCCAAGGUCGCGAAGCUCAAUCCUGUCUCCAGGAACAUGUUCUGGGGAGCGAUGAGCGCAAAGAGCUUCAUGAUGCACAACUCGAGCUAUCUACCCCUCGCUGGCAUCGGAACGAGCAUUGUGGACAAUGUCGUGUUCAAGAAAGUUGCUGAAGCCACUGGUGGAAAACUGCGCAUCUGUAUGAACGGAGGUGGUCCUGUUGCCAAGGAGACACAACGAUUCAUCUCGAUGUGUAUCGCACCAAUGAUCUCUGGUUAUGGUCUGACCGAGACUGCCGCUAUGGGUGCGCUGAUGGACCCUCUUUCCUGGACCGACUCCGCCCUCGGUGAGAUUCCCGGUUCUGCCGAAGUCAAGCUUGUCGACUUCCCAGAUGCCGGCUACUUCUCCACCAACAACCCUCCUCAGGGUGAGAUCUGGAUUCGUGGAGCCUCGGUCACCUCUGGCUAUCUUGAUCUGGAGAAGGAGACCAAGGAGUCUUUCACAGAUGAUGGCUGGUUCAAGACUGGCGACAUUGGUGAGUUCGACAGCUAUGGUCAGCUGCGUAUCAUCGAUCGCAAGAAGAACUUGGUCAAGACUCUCAAUGGCGAGUACAUCGCUUUGGAAAAACUCGAGUCCGUCUACCGAUCAUGCUCCGUGGUCGGCAACAUUUGUGUGUUCGCGCAGCAGGACAAGAACAAGCCAGUCGCAAUCGUCGUCCCAGCAGAGCCAGCACUGAAGCAGCUCGCCAGCGACAACGGCGUGCAAGGCCACGGUCUUGAAGAUCUCUGUCACAACGAGAAGGUCAACAACGCAGUGCUCAAGGCUAUGCAGGACGCCGGGAAGCGGGGCGGUCUUUCUGGUAUCGAGAUCAUUGAGGGUGUUGUCCUCGCCGAUGAGGAAUGGACUCCUCAAAACGGUCUCGUCACAUCGGCUCAGAAGCUCAACAGAAAAGGCAUCACCGAAAAGUACCAAAACGAGAUCAAGAAGGCGUACGGAUCGUAG